AUGAGCUAUCGAUCCGUAGCCUACUACGUCAACUGGGCCAUUUAUGCGCGCAAACAUUUGCCGCAGGAUCUCCCCGUUGAGAACCUAACCCACGUCUUGUAUUCGUUUGCGAAUGUACGCAGCGAAAGCGGCGAGGUCUUCAUGACCGAUAACUGGGCGGACACCGACAUCCACUGGGAGGGAGACUCAUGGAACGACCCCGGCACAAACAUGUACGGCUGCCUCAAGCAGCUCAAUAUUUUGAAAAAACGCAACCGGAACUUCAAGGUGCUGCUCUCCAUUGGUGGCUGGACCUACAGCUCCAACUUCCCCGCUCCAGCUAGCACACCCCAGGGCCGUGACACCUUCGCCAAAUCUUGUGUCGAGCUGGUCAAGAACCUUGGUUUUGAUGGCAUCGAUAUUGAUUGGGAGUAUCCCAAGACUGAAGAGGAGGCUGGCCACUUUGUUGAGCUCCUCGCUGAGGUCCGCAAGCAACUCGACGAAUACUCUGCAAGAGCUGCCAACAACUACCACUUUGAGCUAUCAGUGGCUUGCCCAGCCGGGCCCGACAACUUCCAGAAGCUCAAGAUCUCAGAAAUGGAUGCAUACCUGGACUUUUGGAACUUGAUGGCCUACGAUUACGCCGGGUCUUGGGACAAGAUCAGUGGACACCAGGCAAACCUCUAUCCCAGCAAAGACACUCCCGCCUGCACGCCAUUCUCUACCGUCGCAGCCGUUGAUCAUUACACGCAGAAUGGUGUUGCGCCGGAUAAGCUGGUCCUUGGCAUGCCGCUGUAUGGUCGUGCAUUUGAAAAUUGUGACGGCAUGGGCCAGCCUUUCCAAGGCGUCGGGCAGGGCACCUGGGAGCAAGGUGUAUACGACUACAAGAAGCUCCCUCUGGAGGGUGCAGAGGAGCACAAGGAUGAUGAUGCCUGUGCCACUUACUGCUACAAUUCAGCAUCUCGUACUCUUGUCACAUACGACACUCCGGAGCUGGCAAGGAUCAAAGCCGGGUUCAUCAAAGAACGCGGACUGGGUGGAGGUAUGUGGUGGGAAAGCAGUGCCGACAAGGCAGGUGCCGACUCCCUUAUACAAACCGUCACUGGCGAGUUUGGUGGCCCUGGAGCACUCAAGCAACAGGAAAACUGCAUUCGUUAUCCUGAAACCAAAUAUGAUAACUUGAGGGAGGGAUUGCCGAACAACUGA